AUGGCUUUGUCUCGCUCCGGGUGUUGGCCAACACAUCACAAUUCAGAUGGACACGUGGACAUUCUGGGUUGGGAUGUGUCGAUUUUUGCGAACAAAUUAUCGAAGCCAUGUCUUUUAGGGAACAACUCUCUGAAUGAGUCGGUUGAAAAUUUGAGAGAAAAUGAUGUUGGUGAAGAGUCACAAAAUGUUGUUGGGAAGUCUCAUGAUCAUGAAAUUGGUGGUUAUGUGGAGAAAGAUGUUAAUGACGACUCUCAUGACCAUGAAAAUGGUGGUGAUUUAGAGGAACAUGUUGGUAAUGAGUCUCAAGACCAUGAAAAUGGUGGUGAUGUGGAUUUAAAUGUUGAUGAUGAUCAUAUUGGUGCAUUGGAAUUACUUGUUACAUUUUUCGAAAACUACAGAGAAACUGGUUUUGCUUCUGCUAUGAGUGAUGCUAAAGAAAUUACACUUCAUUCGGAAAUUGACCUUGCUUUUCAAAUGAAAUUGGAUAUUGCUAUUUCUCAACUGAAACACAGGUUUGGACAGUUAAAGCCUUUUGAAUCUAUUUUUGGCUUCUUGUUUGAUGCACCAAAGUUAAUUUCAUUGGAUGAUCAAGCACUAAAAGAAAAUUGUAUGAAUCUUGAAGCACAUUUGAAACAUGGAAAUACCAUGGAUGUAGAUGGAGCCAACUUAUGUUCCGAAUUUCAGGGCAUAAUUAAAGAAACGCUAAGAUUGCAUCCACCAAUUCCAUUCCUAGUACCAAGAAAGGCAAUGCAUGACACCAGUUUCAUGGGGUACUUUGUACCCAAAGACGCACAGGUGUUUGUGAAUGCUUAUGUAAUUGGAAGAGAUCCAGAUGUGUGGCCUGAAGAGCCGACGUUGUUUAAGCCUGAGAGGUUCGUAGGCUCAAAGACUGAUUAUAAGGGGCAGAAUUAUGAGUUGAUUCCAUUUGGAGCUGGAAGAAGAAUGUUUGCAGGUGUUCCUCUGGCUCAUAGAAUGCUGCAUCUUACAUUGGGGAUGUUGCUUCACAAUUUGAUUGGUCACUUGAUGCAAAUGUUACUAGAGAAACUAUGGAUUGGAAGGACAAGUUGGGGAUAA